GACCUCCUCCAUUUAGAGCACACGCGCCUCCACGGUUUUUAGCAGCAUUCACCGAUGGCUGUUUUCCCUAGGGAAGAACGCAGAGAAACGGCUGUCACGGUGCGGAGGAGUUUGCGUAUGUGUGUGUGUGUGUAGCUGCAGUAGCGCAAUGUCGUCGUACCCGGGCUCUGAGUCCUACUACCUGGAGGCCCACCGCAAGGAGCGCUCGCUGCAGCAGAGACGACUCAUGAGCGCUCAGCUGCUGAGCUGCAAUAACAAAGGAGCUCCUCGCUCGCACACGGAACCUCUCCACAUCCAGCGAACAGCCGGAGAGGUGCUGGGAUUGAGUUCAAAUGCCGUGUACAAAGACCAAUACUACAGGGUCGUAUACUCGGCCAGACUACCAACCAGAUACAGUAGCACUGAGUACAUGAUGCAAUGGUAAAGUGUGCAACUCAUGAACUGCGACGUGACUCUCCCAUCAUACACAAUUACACGUGCAAACGUAGCUGUGCAUACUAGGUGUGCUAGAGAUGUUUAUACUUUUUUAAUGGUUUUGUGCACAUCAAUAGUAAUUUUGCGAGCGAGUUUCUAUGUGUAGCAUGUGCCAAAGAGGUCUUAACGAUUGCAAAAAGUACAGGAGGCAAAACACAUGACAGGCUAAUGGGCAAUCACGACUUCCAUACCUUGGCUGCUGUAGAGUGCAGUUUUUUUAACAAACAGCUUUUAUUGUACAU